AUGGCUGUGGUGGACUUCUACCGUUACAAGAGACUUGUUCAAUACUUUUGGGACCCAGAGCCAGUCAAUCACAAUGCAAAUGAACACUCAAUAUGGUGUUUAGGAAGGGAAUACAUGAAUAGAAUUAAUAACCAACCGCCAAUUGUCAUUUCUUCAAAGCUCUCUUCUAAAACAUCCGCAGCAGAUAACAAGCUUCCAUCCUGGACCAACAUUCUAUCACAGAGCGAUCCUUAUAACGUCAAUUCAGGAAAAACCAUUCAAGAAUGCGAAAGAAAUAAUGGGGGCUGGCCACUCGACUUCCUCGACGACUUUGAAUCAAGGAUAUCACUUACUUACCGAUCAGGAUUCAAACCAAUUGCCAAACUUCAAGACUCCCAACAUUCAUCCCUAUCUAUUCCUUCAGCCUUGAGAUUAAAAUUCGGCGAUGAGUCUGGAUUUACAUCUGAUACUGGCUGGGGCUGCAUGAUCAGAUCAGGACAAAGCCUUCUAGCAAACGCUUUUAUAAUACAAAAGUUAGGAAGAGACUGGCGUCGCGGUAUGUUACCUCACGAGGAGCAUAAAAUCAUUUCUCUUUUCGCAGACGAUCCAGAAGCACCAUAUUCUAUUCACAAAUUUGUCGAACACGGUGCAGUUUUUUGCGGAAAGAAUCCAGGACAAUGGUUUGGCCCUUCAGCAACCGGGCGCUGUAUACAAGCCCUUACAAACAAUUGCCAAAAUACAGAUCUACAAAUAUACCUCACAGGAGAUGGUAUGGACGUUUAUGAAGAUACUUUUAUGUCCAUCGCCAAACCAGAUGGCAUCACAUUUCGUCCAACAUUAAUUUUAAUAGGCACGCGGCUCGGUCUAGACCAAAUCACUCCUGUGUAUUGGGAUGCCUUGAAGGCAUCACUCAAAAUACCUCAAUCUCUAGGAAUAGCGGGAGGUCAGCCAUCUUCCUCACACUAUUUUAUCGCUGUCCAGGGAUCAGACUUUUUUUAUCUGGAUCCUCAUCAAACUCAACCUGCAUUAUCUUUUCCUCAAGAUAUCAAUGAGUAUACACAUGAGGAAAUUGACUCAUGUCACACAAGAAGGCUACGAAAAAUUCAUGUCAAAGAGAUUGAUCCCAGCAUGCUCAUAUCAUUUCUAAUUCGUGACAAGGAAGAUUGGGACAGUUGGCGACGAGCAAUCCAAAAUAUUCCUCAUAAAGCUUUUAUAAACGUUAUAGGUACGGAUCCAUUGCUUCAAAAUAUUAGCAAUGAACGUCAGAGUGCAAUUGAAGAGGUCGAAACAUUUGACGAUUUUGACGACCACUCUUUGUGA